AACCUUUCAGUUAUAAAUUCAUAAUACUUAAAAUUAUAAAUUAAAAUAAUGAGAAGAAGAACAUCAAAAUCAAAGCCCGUAGUUUGGUUAAGUGAUGAGAUACCUAAUGAAAAAUGUUUUACUACGAGCUUCAAACACUACGAAAAGUUUCAAUUCAAAGAAAUAAUUGGUGAGAUUGGUGAUUAUGUACUAAUUUCGAAUGCGGACGCUGCCGAGCCGGAUACAGAAGAGGGAUGUGAUGCUGCGAAGAUAUUAUCACUAUACGAGGAUUUGUCCAACAAAACAGAUCCAUACAGAGCUAAUGUGCAAUGGUACUCAAAGCCAACUGAUCUACCCAAAGGAUGUUUAAAUAAAUCGGAUAAAAUUUGUUUUUUUGACAAAGAGGUAAUUGAAGACCAUCGUCCCUUUGAUACUCAUGUUUCUAUAGAAACAUUUUAUAAGAAAUGUUCCAUAACACUUGCACAUACUAAAGACUCUGAUAACAUUUUAACAGGACCCACUCUUUUUAAUUAUAUCUGUAGGUAUAGGCUCAUAGCUAAUGGAAGAAGAAAGGUCAAUCUUGAACCUGUACUAGAAUUAGAAAGAAAUGCAUUACAAUUAUUAUGUACACCUAAAAAAACCAACUCAUUAUCCUCAACACCGAAAACACCAAAUUUGUCACGAAGAAUGAGUAGAAUUUCAUUAUCGGAAUCUAACUGGAAUGUAACGAAAAAAGAUGACACUAAAUUAUUACUCAAGCGUGCUAUCUUAUGCGAUAAAAACGAAAAACAAACACCUAUUCAAACAACACCGAAAAAGCUACCAAAAGAAGAACCAAUGUUAAUAGAAACACCAAAGAGUAGUAAAAAAAUAACACGUAACUAUGAAGAAAUACUGUCUAUGGUUCUAAAAGAAAAUCCCAAUGAUGAAUUACCAACACUAAUUAUUAGAAAAGUUGAACCGAGCACACCUAAAAGAGAAUCAAUAAGUUUCAAUUCUUUGCACACACCAAAGAAAGAAUUAGAUUUCCAAGAAAACGAAACAGUGACUUAUUCAACUCGUUCUGGAAGAAAAACUAAACAUCCUCUAAAGUAUGUUACGGAAGAAACUUCACCAGUAAAAAGAACACCUAGAAAGAAUAUAAAAAGGUGCACAAGCGACAGUGACGAUGAUUUCAAACCAUUGCCCAAAACACCAACAGCUCCUAGAACACCUAAAACUCCUAGAACUCCUAAAUCUUCUAGGACAUAUGCUAAAACACCUAGACGUAGUGCUAGUAAGAGGAUACUAAUGAGUGAGCUUACACCUACUCUACAUUCCAGAGCACAUUCACUAGAUAAUAUAGAAGAGUUUUUAAAAGAAAAUCAAUCUCUACCAGGACGAGAGAGUCAAAUGAAGGAAAUACUGUCUUACGUUAGAAAUAAAUUAUUAGAUAAUAUGAGUGGGUGUAUGUACAUAUCAGGUGUACCAGGCACCGGUAAAACAGCUACUGUAAACUCCGCAUUGAAAAUCCUCAAAGAUGAAUCUGAUCUACCCGAGUUCCAAUUAGUUGAGGUGAAUGGAAUGAGAAUUGCUGAACCGAGACAAGCGUAUGUUCAGAUAUAUAAGCAACUGACUGGUAAAUCUGUUGUAUGGGAACAGGCAUGCUCUUUACUAGAGAAGCGUUUCACCAAACCCGGCCCGCGCAGAACACCCACAGUCUUAGUUGUUGAUGAGUUGGACGCCCUGUGUACUAGACGACAGGACGUAUUGUACAGUAUAAUGGAGUGGUCGACGCACAACAGCGCCCUACUGACAGUACUGGCGGUCGCCAACACGAUGGACUUGCCGGAGAGGGCGCUGGCGUCGCGUGUGGCCUCACGCGUGGGCCUCACGCGCCUCACAUUCCCACCAUACACACAUGUGCAGCUGCAGAGCAUCGUGGCCGCCAGGCUGGGACAGGCAAAUGUUACUGCGGACGCUGUGCAGUUGAUAGCCAGGAAAGUGGCUGCGGUGUCUGGUGACGCCCGGCGUGCGCUGGCGCUGUGCUCUCGUGCGCUGGAGCUGGCAGGUGCGGGACGCGCAGGUCUGGGCGAGGUGGAGCGCGCGCUGGCUGAGGCCGCCUCCAGCGCAGUUGUACGCGCACUCAAAACUUGCUCGCCCGCUGAGAGGCUCAUGCUGAGAGCUGUCGCCGCUGAGGUUGAAAGAACAGGUUCUGAUGAAACGACUCUAUCUCGUGCGUUAGCCAAAGCGGCGGAUAUAGUAGCGAUAGAGGGUCGUCCGUACGCGUCUGCCCCCAGCAUACGGCCGCCGACACCGUCGCAGGCGCAGGCUAUUUGCGCCAGGCUCGCCUCCAUCAAACUACUACUAAUGGAACCAAAACCUUCCGAGCCGAGGUUACUGUUAAAUGUCAGCGCUGAUGAUGUACAUUACGCUACAAAAGAUAUCAAUGUGUAAUGUUUGUCUGUG